AUGCCUGCACAACCACCAGCGACCCACGAUCUAAGCACCACACAACUCAACGGUAUCAUCGAAGUCGCGCAGCAGAUCGCAGGCGUAGCAGCCUUCAUCAAGAAUGAAUUCUGCAGCGGUCAUCUGGCAGCUUCGAUGCCUCUGUACACCUUCAUGAAGGACAGUUGUCAGCGAUUGCACUCGUAUGGAUGGCCGCUUGUCUGUGAGCUCGAGCCUAGGAAGGCACAUCUUCCGUGGGAUGUGCAAACGAUGACUGCUGCGGAUGCUUUUGAGACCAUGGACCGGCUUGCGGACUUCUUCGAGCGGAGAGCGAUCGAGUGUGUUAACCCAGACGUGGAUGAUGCUGCUCUGGCGGCUGAUCUUCGCUUCCUGUCUCGGUAUACGAGCAUGGUCACUGCUAGCAACAAGGAGCAGCCAGUCUCUGGACCUCUCACGCCGCCUAGAAGUCCGCUUGAUGGGCUGAGUGUGCUUUCGCGAGGGCCAUUUGUGGUCAGCAAGCCUAAAUCAAGCCUAGCAUCGACCACCCAAUCGACUGCCGGACAGUUCGAAAAUAUCUGGGAGCUUCCAGCGGCCGCCAUCGAGACCAGCACUGCUGUCCAGCAUACGGAAUAUGGCAGUCCGCAUGAUCUGCGACCACUGCCCGAUGAUCUUGAUCACUCAAACCAUGCUCUCAAAGGACGUCGCCUUGCGAAGCGAAGCUGGUUCGAAAAUGACGCUCACUUCGUCGAUAUCAUCGGGGAUGAGCACAAGCUCUUCGCAGCACCAGCACCGCAGGAGUACGCUACCAUCUGCGGAGGUGAAGGCGCGUUCGCAUCAUGGCACUACCUCGAUGCUUCAAUUCUGGGCAUCUCGGCUGUCAACAUGAUCAAGCUUGAGCACCCACUCAAUGCUAAGGAGGUCCGUAUCGUUGACAUUGACGUAUUGAGAUUCACUCGGCUUAUGCUGUAUGACUGGGUCGAUGGGUUUCUUGACAGACCUGAUCACCGAGCAGCUGAGAAGAAGAGCCUUGAGAUCGUGAGGAGAGAGCUGGCGCAUCGAGCGUGGUUGAACAGUCGUGGCCAUACUAGCGCUCCUGACACACCGGAGUUGAGCGUACUGCCUGCAGCGGCUACUGCAGAUAUUGAGUGUCUUGAGCCUCUCCAGGCGACCACGUCAGUCGCUGAGAAUGAUACCACCGGUACGACCGAGGAGGUUGACAUCAGCAAGCCUUUAGGCUACCACCCUUCCUGCUCGUAUGCUGUCUCCCAUCAGAGCUUCUGGGACCGCACUGAUGUUGAGCCAGUCUCGACAUCUGCUCAACCAUCACACCCCGACCCACCAGAGGGAGUAGAACAAGAUACCGCCAGCGAGGUCCCAGCCCCUGCGCCAGAUCUGCUCACACCGAAGCCAGACUUGAAGUCACUAAGAGGUGCGGAUGAGACUCAUGUUGACAUCGUUCUUGGCAGCAAGGGUGCAAAGUCUGCACCCAGGUACACAGGUCUCAACGGAUUCAACUGCCACAACGCCUCUUGCUCGUACUGUGCCGAGCACUCCAGCAGAGGAUAUCAUGGUGCAGCGUUCACUGCUUUGAACAGCAAGCCUCAAUCUGCGAAUAUCGGCGGUGUCAAGCUUGGCAAUUUUGCUAAGCAUGUGCGCUUUGAGGAGCCCAUCGAUGAGGUUCGAUACAUCACUAGCAUGCACGCUUCUCUGGAUGGGCCUAUUGCCGUACAUCCGGCUCUUCUACAUGGUAUAAAUCGAACGGACUUUGUCAACGGGGACAGCUCAAUGGCUCCCGUGAGGGCGCCUUCGAAGCCAGCUGUGGGAGGCGUGGGUGACAUGACAGAGCUUCUUCUGAAGAGUAGAUGUGCUGCGCUGGGAUUGCCUACUCAGACAAUCAAACCGCGUUCUGAGUCCGUUCCUGUCUUGGCGAGGUCUUCUAGCAACGCUGUCGAGCACAAAGAGUCCGAGCAGACCGAAAUAUACUCCCUCCGCCGCCAAAUAGUAGACCUUCAGUCUCAGAUCGCCUCCCUCCAAGACCAACUCAACGAACCCUCAACCAAAACAACGCCCCUCGAACCAGCCGAUCCCUCCACUAAGACCCCUCGCACCGAAGAAGAGCCCAAGCAUCCACUCCAGUACCUCAUUAACCACCGCGCAUCCAGCAUCACCAGCUCUUUAGACGGCUUGGCAGGCUCUUCAGUUGACCUGUCCGACGGCUACGACAGAUCGCCCCAAUACCACACCUCCGAGCCUUCCACCAAUUCCGCUCCAUCUAAUGGCCGCUGGCUCCGUCCUGUCGACAGCGUGCGCGUUACCAUUAACCCUGAUGGCAGCCGAACCCUGCAGUCCGUUUCGCAGCCAAGAAAUGAUACCUUUGAGCCCCCCUCAGACUUAGGUCCUCCCAUGGGCCGCCUCUUGACCCCCAUUGACGGCGUGCGCGUCACUACUAACCCCGAUGGCAGCAGAACCCUGCACUCCGUCUCGCAGCCAAGGACUGACACCACCUUCGACCUUUCUGGAAGCCUUUGGAGAGGAGAGGGAUGGAAGCAUGGGUUUGGAAGUCCGGCGGCUGAGAGGGACAAGCUUUUGGCGGCAAAGGCAGGAGAAGAUAAUGACAGGUUGAUCAGCUUGUUUGCCGGAGAGGCGGAGUAUAGGGGUGUGAGGGGACCCAGUAGUGAGGAGAGGGCUAGUGCUAUGGCCGAGAUGGGGCUGCAGACGGAUGCUGGAAGUCAGAGUCCGGAGUUGAGGUCGAGUCGGGGGAGGCCGAGGAUUGGGGGUGGGGUUGUGGUUGGUGGUGUUGAUGAUGAUGAUGAUGAUGAUGAUGAUGAUGAUGAUGAUGAUGAUGAUGAUGAUGAUGAUGAUGAUGAUGAUGAUGAUGAUGAUGAUGAUGAUGAUGAUGAUGAUGAUGAUGAUGAUGAUGAUGAUGAUGAUUGA